GCAAGAAUUUGAUCCCGAUCAUGUUGAUGAAGUAAUCGCAAGUAAUAGGUUGUGCAGAUAAGAGUUCAUCGGAAUGCGAAUCAAUGCUGAAGAUGUUGUAUACUCCGUUGUAACGGAUAGGGAUAUUAACGGGGAUUGGUAUCGCUUUCGUUCGCAAAAGAUGAGAAAUGAGAACUGAAGAUGAAGAUCACAGACUGGAAUUUUUGAUUUUGAGUGUUGUUGACUCGCAGAAUAGACCAGAAGUACGAAGAUCAUCUGUUCCUCGUGCAGCAUAUGGAUGAAGAUGGAGUGAGGACCAAACGUAAUUGGAUAGAGGUGGAGAUCGAGAUUGAUUUGUGUGCAGGAGGUGUUUAAGUAUGGUUGGAACGCCGAUAACGACAGCGGGUUCUUACGUGUGAAUUUUGUGUUUUUACGCUAGAUUUUUUAGAUUUCGUUUGUUUCCACCGAUUCGAAUUAAGACGGACUUUCUUAGAUAGAAGAUCUAAGACCACCACGGACCGAAGGAUCCAACUUCAAGCAUUGGUAACGUAUCCACCUCAAUGAAUUAAAAUGAGGACAACCGAUGUUGUUCGCCCCAGAAUGAGGGAGGUGUCCCACCAUAACGAGCACAGGAGGUCACCAGGACACCAACACUCCCAGCUGCUCCAAGGCGGUUCUACUUCGGGCACAAGAAGCUCAUCCUCGCACCAUAACCGUAGUACACCUACACACGAGCAGCAUUAUGAAGUAGAGCAGGAUUACGGGGUGUCAUCUGAGGACGAACAUGACCUACAUCAAGCCUCUUCUCCUGGCGGAAAGCGCGCUAUCGGCAGUAGCAGCUGCCAAUUCUGGAGUUUUAACGCCUGGAAGUCGUUUAUCGACCUGUCGCGGAAGGAACGGCGGCUCCGGGAACAGCUGCAAAAUGUCAAGCGAGAUCUCGGCAAGCUCACGGAAGUCGCUGGUGCCAGCGGGAUUGGCGGUGACGGCGAUGCUGCGCUGGAAGCUAUAGGGAGAAGCGGUUCAUCUUGCAGUGAGAGCGGAGCUGCAACAGCAAGUGCAGGUGGAGCGGAAUUAUCUGGUGCAGCGACGACGUCUUCGCAACUGCCAAACCAGGUGGACGUCGUCCCGCGUGCCGAACUGGAGGCGCUGCAGAAGCGCUGCGCGGAGCUGGAGCAGGAGAACCAGCAAGCCGAGCAGGGCCUUGACCGGGCGCUGCAGACACUCCACGUGAUGCGCGACAUGAAGGAUCGCGUGCUCAGAGACAUGGAGAACGCCCGCCGAAGCUUGGUGGAGAACGCCAAUGUGUUCUGCUUCCACAGCAGUAAUCACGAGCCUUACCUGGAUCAAGAACGGAUUGCGGAAGUAGUCGCCGAUAUGCAAGACAAAAUGCGCGUUGCUGCUUGUGAACACCACGACAGUUGUACCGGUUCGAUAUCGAGUUCGAGAGCUCCCUUUCACGAAAAGAUUCAGGAUUUCAGCGGGUACGCGAUUCCGCGUGUGGACAUCCGGAAAAUUUCCCAUCUCCAAUUUCUCAAAGAUUUCGUCGCCCGCAACCGACCCUGCAUCUUCACACAUUGCGACGCGAAGUUCAGAGGACCAGCGGAGCAAGACGAGGGCGCUCCUCCUGCAGCUGCUUUCGGUGCAUUUUCCUCGCUUGCCGCGCUUCGCGCUGCGAUUGGCAGCAAGCGAAAAGUGCGAUGCAACGUAACACCCGAUGGAUACGGGGAUGCGGUGCUUACUGUGCCAGUCUACGGGGACGAUGGGCAGGAUUUCAAGCGCCGCGUGGAGCUCUUCGUAAAGCCUUUCGAGACGGAGAUGCCCUUCGGAGAUUUCUGCGACAACCUACAGGAGCACGACGCUGCUGAAGAUGCGAAAGCUGCGGCCGCUUUUUUAGAAACGACGGAUCAUGAAGCUAGUAGCGCAGGAGGUGUGCUGCGAGGGCCGGCUGCUGCUGCUGCCGACAACCCAAGAAGGAAGUUUGUGCCCUACAUGUCCAUGCAGGAUGAUUGCCUGCGUCAGGAGAGCGCGUUUCAGGGAAACGACGCGGCGACGUCUUCCACCAAGGAAGAAGGGGUUGCGGCACCCACUACAUCUAUUUCAACUACAAAAUGCACUGACCCACCAUCAACAUCAUCACCAUCUCUGUAUCGCCAAUUCGAGCAGUUUUUUCAAUCUUACACGGAAGAUUCGGUCUUCGAUGCGGAUUCCCUGGAGGCUUUGAACCUGUGGGUAGGCGAUGACCGCAGCGUGAGUAGCUUUCACAAGGACAACUACGAAAAUCUCUACCUGGUUACGUCCGGUCGAAAAGUGUUCUGGCUUGCGCCACCCUCGAGCGUCAGCUUUCUGCACUUCAUGAAAUACCAGGUGGCGUCUUACCGGUGUAAAGAGACAAGCGUACAAAGCGGUGCAGAGACCCCUGCUGCAGAGAAGGACACGACCGUGACCGAGUGUCAACAAGACCAAGACGCCUCGUCCGUCUCAAAGAUGACCGCCCAGACUGAACCGACGUACUCGUGGAGCAUUCAAUUGGAGGAGCACCGACAGCAGGAGGCGCAGCAGAUUGCAGCCUCUGCAUCAGCCGCCGGUGAGUCCAAUCUUCCCAAACCCCCAACGUCCGUUCCCUGGUGCCCGAUCGACGUGCGGCAGUCGUACGGCGAGAUCGUGAAGAAGCACCCGCGCUUCGGGCACGCCGCCUGCAAACAGAUUUUUCUGGACGCGGGGGAGAUGCUGUAUCUACCAAGACUCUGGUACCACGCGGCCACGCAGGAGGGCCCGACGAUAGCCGUGAACGCGUGGUACGACAUGUGCUACGACCACUUGUACUGCCACCACACCUACUUCCUGGACGAGGGAAGGUCAACCCAACCUCCUUCGUCGGCCAGUAGCGCCGCGUCGUGAAGGAGAUUUCGAUCCGGAACUACGACACAGCGAGAUCAUACGCUCAUGCUAUCAGUAUCACGAGUACGAGCGCGACGAUGUUGAAAACGAAGAUUGAAAACGAAAUAACGGAAUAAAAGCUUUGUAAAGCCACUUCUAUGUGUACGAUGGACGAUGCUAUUUGUCUUUCGUACGAAUUGGAACAACAACAAUUAUCUUACCCAUGAGCUGCAAACUGCAGUUGUAGAUGAUGCGACGGAGCACAGGUUGCUUCUUCUGGUGUUUCUGUUGCAGCAGCAGCAAUGUCAAACG